UUAUUUGCAUUUUUGGUCACUGUGUGGCGCUACAAUACUAUUCGCAAGUUAGUUUGCCUUUAUGUACAAAUAAAAGGCAUUUCAUUGUGGUAGUACUAAUGCACGCGCCAUUACUUCGGUGUGGAAGAUACAAAUUAUAUUUGUCACUGCACUUAGCUAUUGUAGAUUUUCAAUAUACUUACACUCAUAUGAUCUUUACAAAAACUUGUCAGCAGUAUAAAGAAAACUAGAACCGGAAGUUAAACUCAAGGGCUUGCCUAAAUGGAAAUGAUCCUUGUUCUCAUCCUUGCAAGUUGUUUUCUCCCCAUAUUCGGUUUACGAAUUCCUAUAGUCGGCCCCAUGCAUUUUUCCAGCCAGCUUCAAAUUGGCAUGAGGACUAAUUUAAUGUGUACAGUUAUUGAUGGAGACUCUCCUUUCGAGUUUCUUUGGCUUAAAGAUGGUCGACAACUCAAUCCGAAGGAUUCGAUUAAAAUUGAAAAAUUAAACGACUUUACAUCCAUUUUGACCAUAACCACACUUGAUGUAGGCAGCGUUGGUAAUUACACAUGUCGGGCAUCAAAUACUGCGGGCUAUGAUGAAAAGUACGAGAUAUUAAAUAUGAAAGUGUCACCGCAGUGGGUGCAUGAACCGAGAGAUACAUCAGCAAUGGGAGGUCAGACAGCCGUCUUGGAUUGCUCCACAAGAGGAUAUCCAAAGCCUUCAGUGACAUGGAGGAAAAAAAUAGAUGAUGGUGGCAAUGAGAUGGUGAUCAAUGAGAGUUCCCGUUGGAAAAUCGCAGAGAACGGAUCUCUCGUUUUCAAGAAGAUUGACAAAAACGAUGAGGGUCUCUACUCCUGCGAAGUGUCCAACGGUGUUGGGGAAAACAUCAAAAAAGCAGCCAAGCUGGACGUCAAAGCUCCGCCUCGUAUCAGUUCGGCGUAUCGGAUCAAGAGUGCCCGCAAAGCAGAAUCAACUACCCUGGUGUGUGAGGCAGAAGGUGACCAGCCACUCAUCACAUCAUGGGCUAAAAAUGGCGUCCAACUUCAGACAACUGGACGGAUCCAGAUGAAUGAAGAAUUGUCUGCAACAGGUGUCAUAGCUCAAUUUACCAUCCUGUCCACUCACAGGAACGACGGAGGAUCUUACACGUGUUCCGCGAAGAACAAAUUCGGUGAAGUCAACAACACCAUCAUUCUUCGCAUUGUUGAACCACCGGAGCGACCUGUCUCAGUGAAAGUUGGAGACGUAUGGAGCAGAGCGGCCACCGUCUCUUGGUCAGCCCCCUUUGAUGGCAACAGUCCCAUCACACAAUAUAUCGUCCACUACUGGAAAGAUAUCGAAGGGGCUUCGCAUAGACUUCAGGAACGGAGUGUACCACCCACCCAGACAACCGUUCUUCUGGGAGAUCUGCAGCCAGGUACCACCUACCUGUUGAGGGUGGUCGCAGAGAACGACGUCGGAAGAGGAGAAUCUUCAGAACCCUUCAAAUUACGAACGGAGGAAGAAGCCCCUUCGGCACCCCCAACUGACGUCACAGUUAUUGCAACCGGACCGACCAGCGUCUCAGUGACGUGGAAGGCCCCUCCGCGGGAACAUUGGAACGGCCGGUUGUUGGGUUAUUACGUGGGCCACAAGCGUCACCAAUCUAUGGAACCGUUUGCCUAUCACACAGUGCCGGCUGGAAGGUCCACCCACGCUGACUACAGGCUGACCAGACUUCAAAAAGCCACCCGAUACUCGGUGGUUGUGAAAGCUUUCAAUUCUGUGGGAUCAGGUCCUGAAUCUCACGAACUGCUUGUCGAGACAUCUGACAAAGACAGCCUGAAACCCCCUCACCUGUACGUGUCUGAAACAAGUGACACCGCUGCUCUAUUAGAAUGGGAACAUCCCAGAGACCUGCCAGAAAAUGUUUUCACACAUUAUAUGGUCUACUAUAGACCUGGAUCAGAAGGCAACUGGCACAGUGUGCACGUUCCUUCGAAAGAUAAGAAGUUCAAGCUGACCUCUUUGGAGAGCGGCACCAAAUACCAGGUCUAUCUGACCGCUUACAGCGAAUCGGGAGUGUCGGAUCCAUCUGAUACACUCACGCUUCUAACAGAAGGCAAGGCACUAACGCCAUCUAUCGUUAGCCAUCAUGGUGACACGCCAUAUUUUCUAAAACUACACUUCAUAGUACCAGUAGCGGCAUCUAUCGUCAUUAUAGUUAUAGUAAUUGUAGUAGCCUGGGUUUGGGUAAAGAAAGCUCAAUUUAGAGAUGAAAGAGAAGCAGCUCGGGUGUCUUUGUACGCCGAAGCCUACUAUACUUUGCCCCACAAGACUGCCUAUUUCCCUCCUCAAAAUGCCGGUGGAUCAGGUGUAACGGUUGCUGGAGGUCCAGUUGUACCAUCAGACGAUGCUUAUGACAUACCGUGGGACAUUCCUGUAGCAGCCAGGCCCAAGCAAUAGAGGUAUUUAAGUGCAAUCAUCGAACAAAACGAAAAAAAAAACUUAUUAUACUACUUAUGAAAAUGCAUUUUCUACUAUUUUGUAAGGAAUUAUUAGUGAGUGAAGUGUUCGUGCAUUUUGGUGUCAUUAUUUUUAGCGUCAAUUUUUCCCAUUUGUGCAUUUAAAGAAGAAGAAGAAGAGUUGUACAUAUUUGUAAAUGUUUCAUUUCAUUCAUGUGAUUGUCUCUACUUACUGCAUUCAUUUUUCUUUUGUAAGAAAUGCUUCUUCUCAAAUAAAUGUUUGUAUUCGUAUUAUAA